UUCACCGAAGCACGCUCGUCGCGGAAGGGCGCGGGCCUCCUCGAGUGCUCGCGGAUGACAAUUAAUAACGGCGGACGGUGCCGGUGUUUCUGCACCGGGCGUAGAUUACGCGUACGCGGAAGUUCGCGGCGCGAGUCAGUCGCGCGGUGACUCUGUCGGGACGUGGUUGAUCGUGGACCAAACCUUCGGAACUGUUCUGUGUCAAGGAUUAAGAGAAACUCGAAGAAACUCGAAGAAACUCGAAGCUGAGCGAGUAUCGGUGAUACCGUAAGCUUCGAACAUGUUCGAGAAUCGUGACCGCCCGUUGGUGUAGAUCAUUGGCAAUUGCUCGAGAGGAUGGAAGACAGAGUAUCGCCGGAGCUGUGAACGUUCAAAGAGUGUAACGGAGAUUGUACGCUUCGUCGACGGACUGUUCGCGGUUAGGGUUUCACAGUGUUUCGCGAAGGACAUGUCGGGUAGAGACGAGACGAUGGAGGACGAGAAGCGCAGCGAAGCCUCGCCGAAGCCCUCUCAGCUGACUCCUUUCAGCAUUGCCGAUAUUUUGAGUCGGAGAACCUUUAGUCAGGAACAACGUUCCUCGGACCUCGAGGAAUCGCGAGGGGUGUCUUUCGUCAAGAAAUCCCAUCGAGAGUACGAGUGUUCGGAGAGCGAUCCGAGGGAAGGACACUCGGAGCAGGAUCGGAGCCAGUUGCCAAGAUUCUCCAGGCUACCGUCACCCGAUCUCAGCGUGGCCAGGGAGCUGGAUAUCUUGACGAGGAAUCUCGUCCACGCGAAUAUCUCGAACUUUCCUACUAUUCCACACCUGGCGCAGGGAACCUUCAAACACCUCGAGAGCCUGGGCAACAUGGCUGCCUAUCAGCCGGCGAAGGACACGAGGGAAGCUUCUCAGAGGCAGCAGGAUCAAGCACUGGACAUGAGCAAAAAUAAAUAUCUGGAGGACACGGAAGAAGACAUGUUCGAGGCGCAGAGCCACGGGCAAAAUCUCCAGAGCAGGAAGAAACGGAGCAGAGCAGCGUUUUCCCACGCGCAGGUGUACGAGCUCGAGAGAAGAUUCGCGGCGCAGAAAUAUCUGUCAGGUCCGGAAAGGGCAGAUCUCGCUCGAGGGUUGAAGCUGACGGAGACUCAAGUGAAGAUUUGGUUUCAAAAUAGACGAUACAAGACCAAGAGACGACAGCAGCAGGAGCUCGGCGCGCUGGUUAAUUCCGGAAACGCGAGGCGCGUGGCGGUUCGCGUUCUCGUGCAUCCGGACGAGCAUUUGAGGGGAUUGCCACUUCGUGGUUCCGGGCAACUUCCCGGGCAAAUGUCGAGCCCGCAGAUUCAUCCCGCGAACAAAGCGCUCGGCGGUUUCCCGUACUACUGCCUCCCCUAUCAUCCCCUGCUCUGCCCUCCCCUUCACUCCGGUCAUAUUCAGGUGCAAAACACGAUCGCGCCGGACCUCGAUCCCAGCCAGCUCGCGAAGAUCAACGACGAGAAAUAGACCGUCGAAUUUCACCGUACACCCGAUAAAUACCGGUGAUCGAGACACCAUUUCUCAUCGAUCGUUGUUCCGUUCAACGGACCUUCGGAUUUUUCUUCUUUUCAAAGGGGCUAUAGUUUGCUUUCUUCCCGUUCACUCGAACAAUCAAACUUCGUUUCCGCGUUCUUUCCGAACAAACGUUCGGGGAGAAUAAGGGAAUUAGCAAAAUCAAAUGUACUCCGUAACAAUUAGUCUCGUCGGCUUUUCGUUAAGCGUCAUGGUGUAACGAGGGAAUGUAAAACCAUGCGACAUACCUAAUCCCUCUUACACCCGACAAACUGUUUAAUUGGCCAGGAUACCCGAUAAGAGAGUAUGCGUUACUUACCGUUAGAACCGUUAUACUUGCAUCGAAGCGACAGUUUCCAACGACAUUUUGGCCAAUUUAAUAAAACGCUCCGUUAAGUUUCUGUUGGAUACCUAAGAUUAAACUAGUCCAUUCGUCCAUUUUCGUUUGAAUUAUCGUUCGUUCGCAGUAGAACGAGAUCGAAUGGUAUCGGAGUGGUUCGGAAGAUUACGAUCGUUGUUACCGUUCUUCGAGAUUGUUUUAGCUAGCGUUGCGAUCGAGUACUUACCGGUAACUUCUAGUUGACUACAUCUAGCUGCUAGUAAUUGUGAAACAAUUAUUUUCAUCCUCUACCGCUUUCGUUUCUUGAACCGAAGAGAAAACUACGCCAGUUCGGGUGACCAGUGUGUGUAUUUAAUGAAACGCAUUCACUGCCAAGGAUCUAUUGAAAUCCCUCUGAAUAAUGUACUUUGUUCGAAUGAAAAUUUCGUUGGAUCUCGUAAACUGUAUGGAAAAUUUGGUUGAUCGAGAAGCUAGGUAACUCGUUUGUGGCAGUGGAUGCGAAGCUAGUCCAUUGUAACUCUAGAGCGUAUAGAGUCUACACCGUUCGUUUGCCGCAGCCAAAGAACAAACAUUAUACAAAGUUCGAUUUUCGUGUGAAAAAUCUAAAAGUUCCAGUCCUCGCAUCGAGCAUUUGGCGCAUAGAUGCGCAACCGACGACGACGAUGAUGCCGUUGUUAUCGUAAUUAACAGCUAUUAAUCACUUUUAAUCGCACAGCCACUCGGAAAUAACGAUUCAAAGAUCACGGUUAUCGAUUGUUCUGUCGACGUAGCGUGUCCGGACAACUCGACACCGUCAGCGUAUACGUUCGCAAUAAAGUUACUUAUAAACGUUAUCGUAAACUAGGAAGAGGAUCGUGUAAAUUAGCGUGUAAAUAACUGUAUAAAAUGCAAUACGAGUAUCGGUGGACGGUCUUCGCUUAUUUAUUAUCGGCCGUGGAAUCGCGUCGACGCUAUUAUCGAGAAAUUACCACUGGAACUACCGGACGGAUAUCGAAACGAUCCGUACGAGCAUGUUUAUUUUGCAAUUUAUCGCAAUCGGUAAAUCCAUUUGUAAAAUUCACUGUUGCGAAUUGUAAAAAGUUUCUGAGAAAUUCUAAGCAAGUUGGACGAAUGAGUUGGUGGUAGUUCCCGUGUCGAUAGAAAUUGUUUUCCUUUAUCAGCGAUCGUUAAAAAGAAAUCGAAGCGUUCCAGCGCGGCCGCCGUCAACGAUCGAUCGCGGCGCACGUGCAAUAGAAAUCAGAGUGCACCGAUACUGUUGUACGAUUAAGCGUUAUUACACUUUUAUUAUAAGCGAGCGCGCCCGACAGCGAUUGUUCCCGCGCGCCCAUGUGAUGUGAAUACAGAUCUAUGCGAUUAUGUCAAGUGGUUCAUUGAAAAGGGAAAUGCGGAAUAAAUAAAGGAGGGGAAAAAGUCUGGCAAAAAAGAAACAGAAAAAGA